AUGGCUACCCCAGCAUUUCUACCAAUCUUGGACUCUGGGAGCGAAGAGCUCAUUAGUGCAACCACUCGAUGUGGACCUGUCCUUCUCCCAGCUUCAUCCAAAUAUUCACUCACAACAGGUAGUAUAUACUAUGUUUUCCCCGAUGGCUCCGUACCGCCCUCAGUAGACCAGGUCGCGACAUGGCUUGACCAAGGCGCUUCAAAGGUCGUUGUCUCUCUUGCUCUCGCCAAAGAUUUGUUUGGGGCGAUUCCGCCAGAAAAACUGGUGCUUUUACUCGAUGCGGGUAGUGCAAGUGCUGUGACCGAUAAAAUCCGAGCGAUAGUGUCUGGGGUACUUUUAAAAACUCCUGCAAUCGAUGCCGAUUUGCUGGAGUCUGUUAAACAAUUCUUCAAAGGAUUGUCGUUUUACAUACUUCCGUCAGCUGAAAUUACCCCAACGGCAGCAUCGAUUCAAUCAUUAAAGCGAUUGGGCGUAACCUUGGUUAUCCCCUCCUCUCAACUCACCCUUUCUCCGACAUCUUCGUCGCAGUUGAACAUUGGCGAUGCUUUCGUCGCACCGUUGACCUCUGAUCGCCCAGAUGGCUUGUUCCCUACCAUUGUUACCGCAUUCAAUCUUGGUGGACGAAGUCUCGGACUGGUAUAUUCAUCCAAAGAAUCAAUUACCGAAUCUAUAUGCACUGGGAAGGGUGUGUACCAGUCCAGAAAGCACGGGAUUUGGCGCAAAGGGGAGACUUCGGGUGCGGUCCAAGAAGUUGUAUCGCUCCGUGCCGAUUGCGAUUCCGACAGCCUCGAAUUCAGCGUCAUUCAACACGGCACUGGAUUUUGCCAUCUUGGAACCACCACAUGUUUUGGCGAAUUAGGCGGGCUGCCGGUCCUCGAGAGAACUUUACAGCAACGCCUACAAACCUCACCCCAAGGGUCAUAUACUCGUCGACUUUUUGAAGAUCCAAAGCUCCUUCGCGCGAAAAUUAUGGAGGAGGCAGACGAACUUUGUGCUGCGGAAACCAGAGAAGACGUCGCAUUUGAGGCCGCAGAUCUUAUUUAUUUUGCGUUGACCAAAUGUGUCAAGGCCGGUGUUUCUCUAGCCGAUAUUGAGGCCUCCCUCGACUUGAAGGCCAAGAAGGUAACCCGGCGGCCCGGAAACGCGAAGCCCCAAUGGACGCAACCAGAGGCUCCUAAGCCUCCACCUACGGUAGCCAAGACUAUCCCAACCCACCCCACAGCUUCCGAUGCCCAGGUCAUCUCAAACAACGAUGGUAGCAUUCGUAUGCGCACUGUCGACCUCAAUUCUUGCUCUCGUUCCGAGCGUGCUCAGCUUCUCAAACGGCCGGUGUUGAAGUCUGAUGAAAUGAUUGCCAAGGUCAAACCUAUAGUCGACGAAGUUAGGACACGAGGAGAUGCUGCCCUGAUCGACCUCGCAGCAAAAUUUGAUCGCGCGCAACUUUCGACGACAAUCAUUUCGCCUCCAUUUUCAGCAGAAUCCAUGGAACUCGACCCUGACGUCAAGAGCGCGAUCGAUCAGGCAUAUGCGAAUAUUUACAAGUUCCAUGUAGCCCAAGCUGAGAAGGCGCCUCUAGUUGUCGAGACGAUGCCUGGGGUGACGUGCACCCGUUUUGCAAGACCAAUCGCUAGGGUUGGGUUGUACGUUCCUGGCGGGACGGCCGUCCUUCCAUCAACGGCCCUCAUGCUUGGUAUUCCCGCUCAGGUGGCCGGGUGCAAGGAAAUUGUUCUCGCCACGCCACCUCGUCCAGACGGGAGCGUGGUGCCGGAGGUGAUGUACGUAGCCAAGCUCAUUGGAGCAAGCGCGGUCUUGAAAUCUGGAGGUGGCCAAGCCGUGGCGGCAAUGGCAUACGGCACGGAGACUGUCCCCAAGGUAGACAAGAUAUUCGGACCUGGGAACCAAUGGGUGACUGCCGCUAAGAUGCUCGUUCAAAACGACACAGACGCACUGGUAUCGAUCGACAUGCCGGCCGGGCCAUCCGAGGUAUUGGUUAUUUCUGAUAUGACUGGAAAUCCAGCGUUUGUAGCCGCGGAUCUGCUAUCUCAGGCAGAGCAUGGAAUUGACUCUCAGGUAGUCCUGGUGGCAGUUGGAUUGACCGAUGAGCGUUUGGCGGAAAUUGAACGUGAAGUGGACGUACAGGCUCGCGCGCUCGAACGGGUCGAAAUUGUUCGAGAGUCCGUGCGCAAGAGUCUCAUAGUGCGCGUAGCAAAUGACACAGAGGCUAUCAACUUUUCAAAUGAGUAUGCGCCCGAGCAUUUGAUUAUUCACCUCGAAAACGCUCAGGAAGCUGUCAAGUCUAUCGAGAACGCAGGAAGUGUAUUCGUUGGGCCAUUCACCCCGGAAAGUUGUGGAGACUACGCGUCGGGGACAAAUCAUACCCUUCCCACAAACGGGUAUGCCCGACAAUUCAGCGGAGUCAAUACACUCUCAUUCCAAAAGCACAUCACAUCUCAAGAAAUAACGAAGGAAGGUCUUCGCAAUUUAGGUCCGGUCGUUAUCACCCUUGCGGACUGCGAGGGCCUGCAAGCCCACGGCAAUGCAGUUCGGGUCCGCCUGGCAGCAAUAUAG